AUGCACCCCAAUGUGCCACUGGUUCUACGCCUCUUGGCGUCUUCCCAUUCGAUAUCGCAGAAGGCAGGCUCUAUUAUUAGAGACAUUAUGCACAGUGGACAGCUAAACAUUGUUGAUAAGGGCUUCAAUGACUUGCAAACUGAGGCGGAUCGAAGCUCGCAGAGGUGUAUCAUCCGAUCGCUGAUGAAUCAGUUUCCCAAAGUGUCCAUCAUCGGUGAAGAGAAUUUAGAGAAAAAAGAUUACGACGUCCCAAGUGAUUGGAUUGUUGAUCGACUUGAAGAAUCAGUUCUGUCACACCGUUGCCCAGAUGAGCUUCAAAAUGUGCAAGAUGAAGAUGUGGUGGUUUGGGUAGAUCCUCUGGAUGGCACCUCUGAAUUCACUCAAGGACUGUUGGAUCAUGUCACUAUUCUUAUUGGUCUUUCCGUCAAAGGAAAAGCCAUAGGCGGUGUCAUUCAUCAACCCUUUUUCAACCACAAUAAAGCUGAAGAGCAGUCCAAUCUAGGGAGAACCAUAUGGGGAUUGAUGGGCCUGGGAGCAUUCGGCGUUCAAAAGGUUUCCCCGCCAGUUGGCAAACUGAUCGUCACUACCACAAGGUCACACAGUAAUGAUCUUAUCAACAAAUCAGUUGAGGCAUUAUCGCCUGACUCGGUACUUCGGGUUGGCGGCGCCGGCAACAAGGUGCUUCAGGUGAUCGAAGGCAAAGCUCAUGUUUACGCGUUUGCCAGUCGGGGAUGUAAAAAAUGGGACACCUGUGCACCGGAGGGUAUUCUUCACGCCCUUGGCGGGCAACUAACGGACAUUCUUGGAAAUUCGCUUACGUACAUCAAAAACGAAAACUUCACCAACGAGCUAGGCGUUCUGGCGUCUCAUUCGGCGGCUAAUCACCUUGAGUACCAGUCAAAAAUCCCGGCUGAAGUGAAGGAGCGUCUGUUUGCAAAAUCUCAAUCAUGUUUCUGA